UUACGUAGCGUAGGAAUUUCCAGCUUGUGCAAAUCAGCUCCGAGACUAAAAGAAGUGCAAUAUAUAAAGCUGGAAAUGUCUGUGUAUUUUAUCCGAUGGUACCUUUCAGAAUGCAAUAGGAUUGUCCACCUGUCUGGAGAAACCUUUAAAUAUCCUGGAAUAUGGUGGAAGCAGUACUGAUAGAUCUGUUCAGCCUCACAGCCAACUUGCAGAGCAACCUCCAAGGAUUACUACACAACACUCUGGAAGCUAUUGAGAAAUGCUCUUCCAGCCAUGCUCCGUUUGUUUAUGUCAUGUGUUGCCAGAGGCAGGGGAGUGAAAGGAAAGGUGAACAAGAGUCCUUGCUUCCAGCUCUGAGAGGUUUUCAGAGUCUGAAGAGAAGACUGGAGGUGGUAUGUGCUCAGACUACAGCUGCUGCUUUGUACACUGUCAAACAGAGACUGGAUGAAAAAGACCUGAGCAUCAUUAAAGUUAUUCUUCCUACCUUAAGAAAAGACUUAAUGAAAGUAUAUAUAAACCAUCUCUUUACAGCAGUCUACCAGUUUGAAUUUGAGGAUUUACAGGUGGCACCUGACAGUGAAAGCCUGCAGAUAUCAGAACAUCAGCAUGAAGGGCAAAUGCUUCCUUCACAGGACAUGGCAUUCAUCCAACAUGAGAUUCAGAUGUACUUGGAAAGCCUGCCAAGCCUGAAAGGGGAGCUCACCAUCCUCAGAUCUUCCCUGAUCCCAGAUGAUAUUUUCUUACAUGGGUUCACCACAAGGACAGGUGGGAUCUCCUACAUACCAACUCUAAGCUCCUGCAAUCUCUUCAGCAGCUCCAAGCGCAGGGACCCACAGAUUGUUGUUAAAGAAAAUCUCCGCCGGCUAGCUAAUGCUGCAGGAUUUAACCCAGAGGCUUUUCACAGAGUCAAGGUAGAUCACGCUAAUGCUGUGUGUAUUAUGGGAAAGACAGAGCCUGACGACUAUGAUGGAAUAGUUACGGAUCAGAAGGGUGUCACGCUGGCAGCUCCAGGUGCUGACUGCAUACCCGUGCUCUUUGCUGAUCCUGUCAGAAGAGCCUGUGGUGCUGCUCAUUCUGGAUGGAAGGGCACAUUGUUAGGAGUGUCUAUGGCCACAGUGAAUGCUAUGGUAUCUGAAUAUGGCUGUAACAUGAAAGAUAUCCUUGUGGUGCUGGGCCCAUCUGUGGGACCUUGCUGCUAUAGACUUCCUCAUGAAUCAGCAAAAGAAUUUCACAGAAUUGAUCCAAAGUGUGUGAGACUUUUUGACUCUGCAAAUCCUUAUAUUGAUAUCAGAAGAGCAACAAGGAUUCUUCUUGAGAGAGGUGGGAUUCUUCCUGAGAACAUCCAAGAUGAUUCUAUCACAGACCAGAACCAAAACAUCACUUUCUGUACUGCAUGCCACCCUGAUAAAUUUUAUUCUCACUUUCGUGAUGGCACUAACUUUGGGACACAGAUUGGCUUCAUAUCAAUCAAAGACUGA